GACCCUCGGCAUCUAUUUGGUGACCCGGCGAUGAUCCCCCCCCCCCCCCCCAAUUUCCUAUUUCAUCUCAUCUCUACCCAUCCGGUGCCUCCAGAUCUCCUUGACCACUGUGACAAUCCCGGUCAUUCAGAAUACGUACACAGCUAUAACCCACGAUGCUGCGCUUACUAUCAACACUGCUCCUCGGGCUGUGCCUGAGCCCCCUGGCGACAUCAGCACCCUCAUCCAGAGCCACUCUGGCAGCGCGGCAGGAAGAGGCGGCGGACGCGGACCCAGACGCGGCGGCGGUGGUCACGCUGCUCAUCGGUGGCGGCCCGUCGGGCACGAUCGCGACGGCCGAGUUCGAUGGCGCAGGCUUCACCAUCGUGGCCAACAACACAAUGCCAGGGACGUCUGCGAGCUGGCUCCUCCCCCGGGGCGACGGCAGCGGCGACGUGUACGCCGUGGACGAGAACAGCGCCACGACGCGACUCUUCUCCCUCAACCCCGCGGCGGGGACCGUCGACCUCGUCCAGAACGCCACUGGCUCCCCGGGGGUCGUGUUCCUCGAGUUCGGCGCGGGGGCCACGCGCAUCGUUGGCUCGGCCUUUGGCUCGGGCCGCCUCGACGUCUGGGACGUCUCGGCGCCCGACGGCUCGCUCUCCCUGCUGCGGCAGAUCGAGUCGGACGACGCGCUGGGCCCCAACACGCAGCGCCAGGACGCGCCGCACCCGCACCAGGCCAUCCUCGACCCGACGGGCCGGUUCUUCGUCGCCAACGACCUCGGCACCGACACCGUCCUCGUCAUCGACUCCGCCGACGACGCCUUCGCCGUCACCAACCGCGUCCGCGUCCAGCCCCCCGGCUGCGGGCCCCGGCACGGCGUCUUCUUCCCCCCCUCGGCGGCGGCGACGGCCACCCCGGCGACGCACUACAUCAUGGUGUGCGAGAUGCUCAACCUCGUACAGGUCUUCGAGGUGACCUACGCGGUCGACACGCUGCAGCUGCGGGUGGUGCAGACGCUCUCCACGUUCGGGGCCGACUCCCCGCCCGCAAACGCCUCGACCGCCACGGCCGGCGAGGUCCAGCUGUCCGUCGACGGGCGCGACCUGUACGUCAGCAGCCGCAACACGGGCAACGAGACGGACAGCAUCGCGCACUUCUCCGUCGACGUCGGCGCCGCCGGCGAGGGGCCGGGGACCCCGGCCCCCGGGGCACCGCUGUCCGUCGCCUUCAGGGAGUCGGUCUCGUGCGGCGGCACGGUGCCGCGCAUGUUCAGCCUCGCGCAGGGGGCCGGGAGGUUCGUCUUCUCGGCGAACCAGGACGGGGAGCUGGGGCUCGUUGCGUUCAGGAGGAAUGCCGAUGGGAGCCUCGACCCGGCACCUGCGGCUUCGUUGCCGCUGGGUGUGUUUGGUCCGCCUGGGUUUGGGCCGCAGUUUGUGCUGCAGAUUUGAGAGUAUCUUUUUACUGCGAACGUUUGGAGUUAGCGUGGAUUGUCUAUGACCUGAGGGUCCGCAUGAGACUUGGUUGAGCAUUGUACGGCGUUGGGAGACGGGAGUGUCGUUGGCUGGCCCCUUAAUCCAUAAUUGCACUGGAGACAUGGGCCAUGAUCGGUUUGCAUGAUCAAGCCAGAGGGGGUUUUUGGCUUCUGCUGGGCAGCGCAUGCUAGAUAGACGAAGAGAAGCAUCAAUAUUGGAGGUAGAAUCUAGGAUCCCACAACGAAGGUGUUCCAGCAUAGAGAACAUCCGUUACAGAC